UGUUCGUGACCAUCUUCCCGCCACGUGGCGGUGGCGCUGCCCGUCCUCUUCCUUCCACGCUCUCCUCGAGCGGUUCGGUUCGACUGGAGCAUUUUCCUCCUGACAGCUGACACUGACAAGCGGGUCCGGACUCGCGCUCAAUGCUGCCGCCACCGUCUCUCCUGCUCCACUCCGGCGCGCCGCGCAGCGCACUCCCCCUGCAGGGGCGGCGGCGGCGGAGUCUGUCAGUGCGGGCGUCAUGGCAGGAGCUGGCGGGCGUGUUGGUGUUCUCCGCCAUCCCCUUCACCGCCGUCAAGGCCCUCGCCAACAGCCCCCUGGGCGCCCGCCUCCGCCGCCGGCUCGAGGACAGGAAGGCCGCCGCAGCUGCCGAGGCCGACGCUCUCCGCGCUGCCGCGCGCGGCGCCCGUAACAACAGCUUUUGGUACGGCGGAGAUCGGCCGCGGUGGCUUGGUCCCGUGCCUUACGACUACCCUGAGCAUUUGACGGGAGAGUACCCUGGAGAUUAUGGGUUCGAUAUCGCAGGUCUGGGCAGGGAUCCCAUUGCUUUCGCAAACUACUUUAACUUUGAGAUCUUACAUUGUCGGUGGGCCAUGCUUGCUGCUCUCGGUGUUGUUAUUCCUGAGCUAUUAGAUCUAUUUGGGUUAGUGCAUUUUGUUGAGCCUGUCUGGUGGAAAGUUGGUUAUGCAAAACUUCAGGGUGAUACCCUUGAUUACCUUGGGAUUCCUGGAUUCCGAAUUGCUGGCGGUCAAGGUGUUAUUGUAAUUGCUAUCUGCCAAGCCCUUUUGAUGGUUGGACCUGAAUAUGCGAGGUACUGUGGGAUCGAGGCACUAGAACCAUUGGGAAUAUAUCUUCCCGGUGACAUAAACUACCCAGGAGGAGCACUUUUUGAUCCCUUGGGCCUGUCCAAGGAUCCCGUGGCAUUUGAAGAUCUCAAGGUGAAAGAAAUCAAGAACGGUCGCCUGGCGAUGGUAGCAUGGUUAGGAUUUUACAUCCAGGCGGCUGUGACUGGCAAGGGCCCUGUACAGAACCUGGUUGAACACUUGUCUGACCCACUCCAUAAUAAUAUCCUGUCCUCCUUCCACUAAAAGAAAAAAUGUCAGUGGCACGAAUCAUAGCAACGGGUGUAUGUGUAUAUUACAUUUAGGGUUUGUUUGGCACAGCUCAACUUCACUAGUAAAGCUGUUUUUUUUAGAAAAUAGCUUCAUGAGUGACUUUCUA